UGGAACGAUCAGUGAAUAAUUGCAUCUUGCUGUGGGCAAAAUGAAGGCCUUCCUUGUGAUUUUCGUAGUCGCUCUGGCAGCAGUCGCCUCCCAGGCCCGAACGAUGGACCGCUGCUCCCUGGCCAGGGAGAUGGCCAAUCUGGGGGUUCCCCGGGACCAGCUGGACAAGUGGACCUGCAUUGCCCAGCACGAGAGCUCGUACCGCACAGGCGUGGUGGGUCCAGCCAACUCGAACGGAUCCAAGGACUACGGCAUCUUCCAGAUCAACAACAAGUACUGGUGCAAGCCGGCCGACGGUCGCUUUUCCUACAACGAGUGCGGUCUCAGUUGCAACGCCCUGCUGACCGAUGACAUCACCAACUCCGUGAGAUGUGCCCAGAAGGUGCUGCGCCAGCAGGGGUGGACCGCAUGGUCCACCUGGAAGUACUGCAGCGGCUCCCUGCCCUCGAUCAAUGAUUGCUUCUAAAAUCUGUCAGAUCUUAAUCCACCCAGAACAAGUUUAACCCAAAAAGAAGAGCUUUAUCUAACUUAACAUUAAAAAAAGAGUUUCUUUAAAGUA